AUUCGCACGGACAUCUUCGGCGGCCUGCUUGGAAUUUACCCUAUUGUUGUAAUGUGUUCUCUUGCAACAUGACUUUAAAGUUCUCCCCCCAAUAAGCAUUUUUGUAGAAAAGGGGUUGAAUGUCACGAAUCUCCUUAAUAACUAGAUGUUGACCAGUGGUUGCUGCCCACCCAGGCCAGUAUGGACGAAGGAACCCUGGAGACAGCCAUCACGGCCUACAGCGCCCAGCUGCAGCAGGUGGAAAGUGCCCUGUUGGCCGGCCUGGACCCGUCGCAGCAGGCUGACCUGCUAAAACUGAAAGAAGACCUCUCUCAGCUGAUAGAACUCACAGAAGCUAGCCUAGUGUCGGUCAAGAAGAGUCAGCUCCUAGCCACUCUCGAAGAGGACGACGGGCUCCAGUUGCUAGCCACAGGCACACCAGCUAACGGUGGCUUGGACAAUGAGUUUGCUGCCUUCUACUCGGAAGUGGGGGAGGUUUCCGGAAGUAGCUCAGACAUGAGAGAGAGGGAAGAUGAGAGAGAGGAGGAGGAGGAUGAUGGUGAGGUGGAGGGAGAGGUAGAUGCGCUAAGUGGCACCAAAGUGCGAGCACCCUACCGCACCUCUUGGGGGACUUUGGAGUACCACAAUGCAAUGAUCGUGGGGACUGAGAGUUGUGACAGGAAUGAGGCCCAGGUGAGGGUGCUGUAUGUCCAUCCCACACAGAAGUCCAUGAAGCCCUGCCCAUUCUUCCUGGAGGACAAGUGUCGCUUCGCAGACAACUGCAGGUUCUCCCAUGGCGAGGUGGUGUAUGUGUCAGAGCUCAGAGAGUUCCUGGAGUCGAACCUCACUAACCUUCAAGAGGGCUCCUCCUGCUUGGCCAGGCAAGACGACGGCAUCUGGUACUCGGGCAAAAUAACAGACAUCGACAAUGAUUUCUACACGGUGAAGUUCGACUCGGCCUUGCUGAAGAACGUCAUGGUGGAGGCUGACGGGGUCAUCCCACCGUUGAGAGAAGAUGACCUGCCCUCCUGCUCUGAAUCGGAGGAGGAUGACAACGGAGAGGGCGAAGCAGCGUUCCCCAUAGUUUUAACCCAAGAGGAGGAUUGGGCGCCGUCGGGAAGUUCUUCUACCUUUGGUGGCUGGGAGGCACACACAAGAGGCAUAGGCUCCAAGCUCAUGCUCAAAAUGGGAUACGAAUAUGGGAAAGGUCUGGGUAAAACAUCAGAGGGUCGGGUGGAGCCAGUGCUGGCGGUGGUCCUGCCCAAAGGUAAAUCUCUGGACCAGUGUGCUGAGCUCACUGCGAGGAAGACGCAGAGCAAAGUGGCCAAAGGCAAAGAUGGGCAGAAGGUGAGCCGCAAUAAGAGAACGAGAAAGGCUCGUGCACAUAACACUGGUGGGUGCCACAACGUCUUUGACUUCCUGAACCGCAAGCUGGGCAACGGGGACGCCAACCCUGGGGCAGGAGGCACUUGUGGCCCCCCUCCCUCACAUACUCCAUCGUCUCAAGGGGCCGGAGUGGAAGCUUACAAGGGGGGGAAGAGCACCAAGAGAAACCUGAACGUGAAGCUGUUCCAGGCGGCAGAGAGGGUGACCCAGACGGAGAGGGAGAUCCAGAGACUCACAGAGUCCCUGAGCCGACGGACUGGGAGGGAUUCUUCCAUGGUGACUCACCUGGAAGAGAAGCUGUCUGCAGCCCGCAGCCUGCUGGUCCAGCAGAAGGCCCAGGAGCUCUCAGCCCAGAGGGAGAACAGGAAGGCUGACACUCACAAGAAAAUGACAGAGUUUUGACCACACGGUCCUCCAGUGAUUAGAACCCACAAACAUUUUUUGUCAACUGAGAGAGGUGCCUCCUUAAGCUUAUUUCAUCCAUUUUACUCAAGACUUUGGAUUGUCUUAAGGUCGCUCUCUGGUUGUUGGACUUUUGCCUUUUUUUUGAGUUGUCAACUGGCUCCAUGCAUGAGUUAUUUCUGUUAAUAUUAUGAAAUGUCGACAUGGGUUGCAGUGGUGGAGAUUUUAAGUGUUGGUCAGUUGCUGAUGACCCUCUUGUUGUUAAAGGAUGAGCCAUGGCACACUUGGAUAAACUGUUUAUCAUGGAUGAGACGGCUACAUAUAAGUGGAUAUGACAGAUUUUGGUUUCAGGUCCAUAAUUCUCUUAUGUUGUUUUUCAAGUUGGGGUGGCUGGUAGCCUAGUGGUUAGAGUGUUGGGCCAGUAACCGAAAGAUUGCUAGGUUGAAUCCCCGAGCUAACGAGGUAAACAUCUGUCGUUCUGCCUCUGAACAAAACAGUUAACUGUUCCUAGGCCGUCAUUGUAAAUAAGAAUUUGUUCUUAACUGACUUGCCGAGUUAAGGUUAAAUUAAAUAAAAAGUCCCACCAAUGUAACUAACCAUUUUCUUAUGUUAUAUAAUUUGGAGUGGACAGCUUUCUUUAAAUACAUGUUUUUAUUAUUUUGCCAAUGUUUUCAGAACUCACUGUACAUUUUCCAUUCUUUGUAAAUAUAAACCUCAUGCACAACCUAAGCGUGAUAUAAAAAAAAAUGUAUCCCAAGAAAUGCUUGUGUGUUCAUAUUGUUAUACUUAUGGCACCUUUGACAGGUUUUGUCAGAAGAAAUUUGAAUUAUUUCGAAUAGAUGCCGGUGCCAGCAUUGAUCUCUCGCCCACCUCAGAUUUUUGACUGACUUGGGGAUUGAAACCUUGAGUUCAGAGACCUUUCGAAGUGUUAAAAUCUUCAGCAAUCUACAUACCAUACCCCAUAAUGACAGCUCCGAGACAGGAUUGUGUCGAGGCUCAGAUCUGGGGAAGGGUACCAAAACAUUUUUGCCGCAUUGAAGGUCCCCAAGAACACAGUGGCCUCCAUCAUUCUUAAAUGGAAGAGCUCUUCCUAGAGCUGGCCGCCUGGUCAAACUGAGCAAUCGAGAAGGGCCUUGGUCAGGGAAGUGACCAGGAACUCGAUGGUCACUCUGACAGAGCUUUAGAGUUCUUCUGUGGAGAUGGGAGAACCUUCCAGAAGGACAACCAUCUCUGCAACACUUCACCAAUCAGGCCUUUACGGUAAAGUGGCCAGACGGAUGCCAAUCCUCAGUAAAAGGCACAUGACAGCCCGUUUGGAGUUGCCAAAAGGCACCUAAAGACUCAGACCAUGAAAAACAAGAUCUGGUCUGAUGACAAGACAACAAGACUCAGGUCUGAUGAAAUCAAGAUUGAACACUUUGUCCUGAAUUCCAUGUGUCACUUCUGGAGGAAACCUGGCACCAUCCCCAUGAUAAAUCAAGGUGGUGGCAGCAUGCUGUGGGGGUGUUUUUCAGCGGGCAGGGACUGGGAGACUAGUCAGGAUUGAGGGAAAGAUUAACAGAGCAAAGUACAGAGAGAUCCUUGUUGAAAACCUGCUCCACAGCUCUCAGGACCUCAGACUGGGGCGAAGGUUCACCUUCCAACAGGACAACGCAGGAGUGGCUUCAAGACAAGUCUCUGAAUGUCCUUGAGUGGCCAAGCCAGAGCCCAGACUUGAACCCAAUCGAACAUCUCUGGAGAGACCUGAAAAUAGCUGUGCAGCAACGCUCCCCAUCCAACCUGACAGAGAUUGAGAGAAUUUGCAGAGAAGAAUGGGAGAAACUCCCCGAAUAGAGGUAUGCCAAGCUUGUAUACUUAUGUGAAUGUGAUAUCUGUUUAAAAAUAUAUAUAUAAAUAAAUGAGCAAAAAUGUCUAAA